AUGCAAUCUGCUUGUCGAGUCUAUUUAGCAUUUUAUUGCUUAUCUGGCGUAACACUAAUCUAUUAUGGUAUAAAAACAUAUUGGGACAUCAAUGAUGAUAUUUCAUCAUUAAAUGGAAAUCAGAUUAUAGAGUCAUAUUCAAAAACUGUAAUGGUUCUUGGCUGUCUCACAUUAAGUCUGUACGUUAUUGGUAAAGUGGGUAUUAAACAUAGCGAUUUUUUUUUGAAUUUUUUCUUGGUAUUAUUAGUAUUUGUUACUAUACUACAAUGUCUCGUAUUUUACUCUAUUCGAAAAUCGCAUGAUGAUUUUGAUGAUAUUUUGAGAAUAAAACUAAAAAAAUGCAUUAAAAGUAUUAACAAUAGUUUAUGUCGAGAAGAAUUAGAUUUGAUCCAAGUUCGUCUAAGAUGUUGUGGUAUCGAUUCACCAUUAGACUGGACUAAACACCGUCGUGAACAAAAACAAGAUCCAAUACCGGCAUCCUGUUAUACAAAAGGCGAAAGAACAUGUUAUCCAUAUCUGACCGGAUGUCAUCCUUAUUUAUAUGAACAAUUUUCAACAAAAUUUAUUCAAUUACAUUUUGCCACGAGCUGCGCAGUGAUAUGUGGACUAACAGGACUUUUUGUAUUGUGA